AUGGGCCUUAUUCUUCACGAGAUUGACUUUAAAGUCACGUAUCGCCCUGGCUCCCAGAACAAUAGAGCUGAUGCCCUCUCCCGCCUUCAUCAGGCAGACCCAGAACCAGAAUCUCCCGAACCAAUCCUCCCUCGAGCCAUGAUUUUAAGUCCCAUUCAAUGGGAUCUUAAUCGUCUGAUUGAACAAGAAAACCUUCAACACCCUGCUCCGCCGGGAGAGCCUGGUGAUGAUGCCGUACCUCCUCCUCCCGCCAUCGAAGAAGACAACAGCAUCUUCCGGGUGAGAGCUAUCCUCGACUCUCGACGACGGGGGCCCUCAACUGGAGUACCUUCCUUCUCACCGACUUUCACCGAGACCAUCCAGACCGCCCCGCUCCCCCGUGGCCGUGGUAGACCCCGUCGUCGCUCAAGAUCCCAGCCGUCAGGAGCCGCCCGUGGGGGAGGGGAUUAUUCCUCGGUAAAUGGUAGUGACCCAGAGUUCGAAGAGGGGCAGUCAUAUGUGGUAAAGAACUUCACCCUCUCACACAAAUACAGGCGGCCAUGCUUGUUUGCCAAUCAAGCAACAAUUAAAUUUAAAACAACUCCACUGGCCAUAACGGAGGAGGCCAAGAAAGCAGCAAAAGAGGCUCUCUGUCCACCUUCCCCACUAAAGACUGGUGAAGAUGACAUUUUUGACAACGGGAGCUACCUGAGUCUCCAGGAGCAGAUAGAAAAAGUUGAAGUGGCCAGGAUGACCAGGUUACAGGUGCCCAUCCUGGAUCUGCGGAUUAAAUGCGGUUCCACAGUACAAGAUAUUUCACUGUGGAGAGAAGAGGCACUAAGUGAGCUGUAUGUUGGGGACAUGGUGGAGCUCACCCACCUAAAGGCCACAAUAACACCAGAUGGAAAGGGAAAAUUUGCCUCUUCCAACUACACAACUGUCAAGAUUAUUGACUGGCAGAUCCAGGAGGAAGAACUGGAGAUAAUUGGGGUGUCAGAAAAAAAUGACAAACUAAUCCUUCUUGACAGUAGGCUGGACAACUAUGUUGUCCCAGCUCAUUUCUAUGCAGGCGACCUUGAUGACCUAGUAAACCAGCUACCACUAAAAAUGAAAGUUAGGGACAUACAAAGACAUGUUCUUGAAAUAGAAUGCCUGGAUUCACCUAAAAGUAAGGGAUCGCUGAAUCUACUGCAGGAUGGGACAUCCUUAGAUCCUGGUCAGAGUGGGGAAUCACUAGAUGGAGACAUGGAAUCCCUGGACGCAGCUGAGAGCAUGGAAUCACUUGAUCCAAUCGACUGUUGAUCCAAUCGAAUGUUGAAGACACUGGUUAAAGGGAUAGUUCACUGCAUACCCCAAGGGCAUCCAAGACGUAGGUGACUUUAUUUAAACUGAGAUUUUUAACUACUGAAGAAACAAAGUGACCUACAUCUUGGAUUUCCUGGGGGUAAGUAUCAAAUUUUCAUUUUUGGAUGAACUAUCCCUUUAAGUUUGUUGUUUUUUACUGUUUACUGUUUUCUUUUUUUCUGUAAUUUUAAUCUAAAUAACUUAAACUCACUAAAUAAUUAAAUUCAACCUUCUUAUAUUUCUGUAAGUAAUGUUCAAUCAUUUUGUUUAUAUUUUAAAAUGUUUAAUUUCUUAUUUGUUGUUCUUAGUAACACUUUAAUAAUUUGCAUGAUUGCAGAUUAUUUAUUAGUGUAAUUCCCAGUUCUAAAUAAUAAAUUCCUAAUUGCAUUG